AUUGUAGGAAUGUCAAGACUCUUGACGAUAGAUUCGUCAAUCGUCAUAUAUUAUUGCACUCACAAAAGCAAAAGCCCGUCACCUUACUUUGAAGAAAAAGGAAAGUUAUUGAAGAACAAUGGAUCGGGCUUCGAGAACACCAAUUGCGAUUGACGAUGAAGAUGAAGAUUAUCUCAUGAGUAAUGAAGACAAAAUGAAAAUUACAGUGAAGGUCAUCGGUUUAGAAGGCGAAAAUGAUACCUUUUUUAAGAUUGGGAUCCAUCUUCCUCUUCAAUGGGUGAUGGUUAAAUACUGCGACAUUAAGAAAGUGGAUUAUGAAAGCACUAGAUUUGAGUUUAAUGGCUCAAGAUUAAGGCAUAUGGAUACUCCAUAUUUACUUCGCAUGGUUCAUAAUGAUUCCAUUUAUGCCUCCCCUGCUUCAGAAUCAGGUAUAAACGGUAAUAGUGCUGUACCAUAUGUAGCUCUAUGCAUCCGCAUGUAUAAGAAGAGAGGCAUAUUUCAUAGAGUGAGACGUCAUGCAUUAUUACUGCCUCAGCUUGUUCAAUAUUUUUCUGACGUUGCGCACCAAGAUCAUUCCUCUAUAAGCUUUGUUUACAACGGAUUAAGAAUUUCUCAGAAUCAUACAGCUGACAAACUAAGUAUGGAGGAUGGUGAUGUCAUUGAUGGCUUUAAUUUUCACACGAUGAGCUCUUCAUUGAGAAUAACAACCCCACGUUUUACUCUUAAAUUGAGAAGUCCAACUGGACAUGAAUGCUAUUUCUCAGUCACUCCAGGAACUUAUUUGGGUAGGUUGAUGGAUAAAUACUCCGAGCUGGAGGGUAUUCCUUUUGAUCAUCUUAGGUUUAUUGGUCAUGGAAGACAGCUAACCUUUGAAAUGACAGUGGAGGAGGUACAACUCAAAGAUGGUGAUACCAUUGACGUCAUACUCAGUCAUAGGGGAAGCUAACCUUUGAUGAAUUCUGCACUCUUAUAUAUUUAUGUCCUUUGCCUUUAAUACUCUUUAUAUGAAUUCUGAAUAUAUUUAAAUAUAUUCUGCACUGUUAUAUAUUCUGCACUGUUAUAUAUUUGAAAUGACAGCUAACCUUUGAUGAA